AUGAUGGCUGAGUCCCUUGACGAGGCUAUGUUCACUUUUCCGAAUUUGGCUAGUCCCGAUCAAGCAACACUUUUUAAACCAAUGGGUGGAUACAGUGGUGGUGCUGCAGGAGGAGAAAGUACGGAAUCCAUGGCUGGAGAUCAUAAUGAACCACCACCACCAGAUGGCUUGACGCCUAUGAGUUCAGCGGCUGUUGGUCCAUCUGUUAUGACAACAAAGGUCUCCAUUGCAGCGUUUGGUGCCGGCACCCCUCUAGACUCAUCAUUAAACGGAGAAUGCCCUACUUAUGCGUGUAUGAGUUGUAAAAUGUCACUUCUAAAUGGGUUCCUGGCAAAUCCUAAUAUUGGGGCCGCUGAUAAUGCAACACUGACAGCUCAGAGAAACGAAUUGGCAUUGAAAUUGGGUACAACACAAGGGUCAUGUGACCAACAAACAAGGAAGAGAAGAUUCGCUGAACAGUUCUCAAAAGUCAACCGACACAAAGUCAAGAAGCGCCUUGCCAAACGUUUCGUAAUCAUGAAUACUACACCUGAUCCAAUGAACGAUAAUGGAGUAGAUGAUAACACCGUAGACGACAACGAAACCAUUGACUCAUCGAAUUCUGAUCAGAAUGGACCUAAAAAUAAACCGCCAGUGCUAGGAGUCGUCACCAGCCUUGGAUGCCAAUACCGCCGUGGGGAAGCGCUUGAAACCAACUCUGAAUGGUGUGGAUUGUGCAAUUUGUGUUGGCAGUGGCGGAAGCUUCCCUCCGACUACUAUCCAAACUAUUUGAAUGAGGUCAAUUGCGACCACAACGACGAUGGAUGCCUCUCAGGAUUCGGGGAAUGCAAGCCAAUAAUGAGGACGAUCAAUGUGAUGAGAAAAAAGGGUGAGGAAUGGGUGAAGGAGUCAAUUGACACCACAACGGCGUGUGAGUGUCAAGUCGAAAUUGGAUCGUCCUUGCACGGAUUGGUGGUCAAAUGA